AUGGCCUCAUUGUCAAAAUUCCAUGCACUAUCAUUUCCCAUUGUUGUUCUCAUCCUUUUGACCAGUACCCCACUCGCAUUUGCGCAAUGCGAAGCAGAAUCAAUGCACGGAUGCCAUGACAAAGCAGAGGCUAAGAAGCUAAAGAUCAUUGCAAUUGUUUCAAUUCUGGUGGCUAGCAUGAUUGGUGUGUGCUCACCAUUGUUUUCUCGUCUGGUGCCAGCACUUAGACCCGACAAGGAUUUGUUCUUGGUGGUGAAGGCAUUUUCUUCCGGUGUUAUUCUAGCAACUGGGUACAUGCACGUGUUACCGGACGCUUUCAAUGACUUGACAUCCGAUUGUUUGCCUGAAGAUCCAUGGAGGAAGUUCCCUUUCACGACUUUUGUGGCAAUGCUAUCGGCUUUAGUGGCACUCAUUGUGGACUCGUUUGCCAAUGGUAUGUAUAAGAAACGUUCUGCUAAAGCUCUAGUGACGGGUAAUGAUGAGAUGCUGGAAAACGGGAAUACCCAAAUAGAGAAUUUCGGACAUGGACAUGGACAUGCAACUGAGAAGAUAAUAAGUAACGAUGGCCAGGACGACAAAGAAUCACAAGUGUUAAGGCAUCGUGUUAUUGCUCAGGUGUUAGAGUUGGGCAUUAUUGUUCAUUCAGUGGUUAUUGGUCUUGCAAUGGGAACUUCUGACAAUCCAUGCACCAUAAGACCAUUAGUUGCUGCCAUUUGCUUCCAUCAAUUGUUUGAGGGAAUGGGACUUGGAGGGUGCAUACUGCAGGCCGAAUAUAGGCUGAAGACAAAAGCAAUCAUGGCGUUCUUCUUUGCAACCACAACCCCAUUUGGAAUUGUUCUAGGAAUUGGUUUGUCAAGUGUAUAUAGUGAGACCAGCCCAACUGAACUCAUUGUGGUAGGAAUACUAAAUGCUUGCUCAGCAGGGUUGCUGAAUUAUAUGGCUAUGGUAGAACUCUUAGCUGCUGAAUUUAUGGGGCCUAAGCUUCAAGCAAAUAUGAAGCUCCAGGCUUGGGCAUAUAUUGCAGUGUUCCUUGGUUCUGGAGUUAUGGCAUUGAUGGCAAAAUGGGCUUAGUGAAUUAAUCUUUCAUGCACUCAAUCUAUC